AUGGAUCCAAACAACCUAGACCCGAAUAGAAGGUUUGCUCGUGUGAAAUCACACGAGCAGAACUUCUCUGAAGUAUACAUAGAUGUGGAUGAAGAUAUUGAAACAUUUGAGCUACAUGAUUUCAGUGAAUUUUUCACAAUUUCGACUGCAUUUGAUAGUAAAGAUGCACUAGUCGAAGCCUAUAAGAGUCGAGGAAAAAAUGCAGAGGUCAAAACAAGCCGGAAGUCCGGUACAAUAAAGUGUAAAUGCCCUUUUGCGCUAUGGGGUAAAGAGGGUCGUGAUGGAUUAUGGCGCCUUACCAUCAAAAAUGGAAAUCACAAUCAUAAUCCUCAUAAAUAUCCACAAGGACUACGUUCGCUAAGUCGCCUGACUGAAGAGCAACGAGAAGUGACAAAGAUACUGAAAAAGAGCCAUGUGAAGCCGAAAGAAAUUUUGCAUCAUCUGAGACAGAUGAAUCCGGAUACGGCUGCGGCCUUGAGAGAUGUGUACAAUGAAUCACAGAAAAUUAGACGAGAGGAAAUGAAAGGAAAAACAGUUAUACAACAUCUGUGGCACGAACUAAGUGAGAGUGGAUACAGCAAAUGGCAUCGAACAAAUCCAGCUGGUGAUGCAGUGCAAGACGUUAUGUUUGCGCACCCUAAUUCAAUAAAGCUUUUGCAGUUAUUUCCAUACGUCAUCUUGAUGGAUUGCACGUACAAGACUAACAGAAACGUUGAGGCAAACGCGUCAAAAUUCUUGGGUAACACCAAGUUGGGUGUACUGUUCCGGAGGACGGUGUGGGCAAAGUUAGUCGAAUCUGAGACUGAGGAAGAAUACGAAUGCAACUAUAGAGAGAUAGAGAGAUUUGUUAAGUGUUGGACCAACAACAUCGUUCAUUUCGGUAACACGACGACUAACAGGGUAGAGAGUGCACAUCGUGCAUCGAAGCGUUGGAUCCAAACAUCGACUGGAGCUAUGGAUACAGUUCAAAAUGCACUAGAUGCGCAAGUUGACCUUCAAAUUAAUGAAUUGAAGGUGGAAAACGAAAGCAGUAGAACAGUCAGGAUGUACAGUACUUCACUGUCGUGCUUCGGUGCUUUGGUAUGUAACGUAUCACACAAAGCACUGGACCUGUUGGAUAAAGAGUACGAAAAGUUGGAAAAGAAUCCGGAUAGUUGCAACUGUUACCUAAGGCGAACCCACGGACUCCCGUGUGCGUGUAUGAUUGCAUUUAAAAUUGCUGAGGGAGAUACUUUUUAUCCGCAACAGUUACAUCCAUUCUGGAGAACGUUGGUUGUCGAGCCGAACUCGGAUCCAUGGGAGGACGAGGAGGAACCGUUUGAUCGCACAGUUGCAAUUAAGAAAGUUCUUCUCGAUGAGUUCGAGAAGUUAUCAAACAAAGAUUACAUGUCCCUAAAAAAUGCGGCCGACUAUUUACGGGACCUUAAUAAUCCUUCUUCAACGCAUUUACAAGAGCCGUCAUUUGUGAAGGCUAAGGGACGACCUAAGAAUAACUCGAUGAAGAGGAACUUGUCCGGACAUGAGCACAUGAUGAAUCGGAAGUCCGAAGUUAAAUCUUCUUCGGGCUCUAAGGGUCGCAAAACCCUGACCGAAAGGACCCCACAGUCAAAAUUUGAAGCUGGUACGCCUGAGUCAAAGGUUAAAGGUUGUCCUCGCGGACGUACUAAAUCGACUGAAGAAUCAGUUGUUACUGCCGGGGACCGGGUCAAUUUCUUUUCCUUCCUUCCUCCGUUUCUCGCACAGUCCGUAGCCUCAUAUGUUAAUGUGAGGGCCGAUGAAAAUUGUGGCUACCGGUGCAUAGCCGAAGUUGUUUACGGCAGUCAAGAGAGAUGGCCACAAGUCAGAACUGACUUGGUUGAGGAGUUUAUGGAGCGUUCAAUCUAUAUGCUACUAUUUUUGGUGGGGAUGAGGGGGGUCGAAAUACAGUCGCUGAUUAUAUCUUGA